ACAAGUUAACAGAACCGAAGAACCCUCUUCCAAAAAAAAAAAUCUCAUAAGUAACUCGAGGAACAUCAAACAAGAACCAAGAGGGAAUCCGUUUCCAACAGGAAACCUGCUUUCGCUUCCUCCCAAACGCCGCGCUUCGUUUCGUGUCAUCAAUCUAUUUCUCCAUCCUCACACUACCGGCACACUACCGGCAUUCUCGACGGGCACACUCCCCGCCACGUUUUUUAUUCCUUCCGCCAACAUAUCUUACUUCUCCAGGUCGAAUGCCUUAUUCCAUCUUCAACCCCCUUAAAUCGAACCAUGAGCUCUCUUGUAGCAGGUAGACAUCAGGCCUUCCAGCAACGGCUGAAUACGCUAACAGGAGAAUCGGAGUGGAUCGUCAUCAAUGAAAAAGACGAUGAUGAUGUUGACGAGACAGCGCUUUCUGCUUCUCGCUCCUUCCUUUCCGUCACCUCCUACCUCGACAUGCUCAAUGACUCUCGCCGUAAUGUUGCUUUCCGGCUAGCUAUCGAGAAAACCAUCACGGAUCCCUGCCACGUACUAGAUAUUGGUGCUGGAACGGGCUUGUUGUCAAUGAUGGCAGCUCGAGCAAUGAUGGAGAGUGCGGCACGAGGCGAGGCGAAGGUUUCCGCGUGCGAAUCGUAUCUACCGAUGGGGAAACUAAUGCGCAAAAUUCUUCGGGCUAAUGGAAUGGAGAGCAUGGUGAAGUUGUUUCAUAAGCGCUCCGAUGAGCUUCAAGUUGGAGUAGACUUGGACUGUCGUGCUUCUGUGCUGGUUAGUGAGAUUCUGGACUCAGAGUUACUGGGUGAAGGAUUGAUACCAACAUUGCAACAUGCGCAUGAUAUGCUAUUGACUUCCAAUGCAAAAACUAUUCCAUAUCAUGCCACCACUUAUGGCCAGCUAGUUGAAAGUACAUUCUUGUGGAAGCUAAAUGACUUGCAUGGCAAUGAUGUUAGCGCAUCAGAUGGAAUCUGUCUUUCUCCUGCUGGUUUAGUUCAUGUAAAAUCGCAGCAGUAUGCUAUACAUUUUAAUUCAUUAUGCAAUGAGAUGCGUCUGCUGUCAGAACCUUUCAAAAUUUUUGAAUUUGACUUUUGGAAACGGCCCGAUAGUCAUGGAGAAACUGAGAUAUGGAUAAAUCCAACUGAUGAUGGGAAAGUUCAUGCUGUAGUGACGUGGUGGGUGCUUCAACUUGACCGUGAAGGAUCAGUGUUAUACUCAACAGCACCUAGUUGGAUAGGCUCUUCUAAAAAUGAAGGUGUUGAUUGUUGGCGUGAUCAUUGGAAACAGUGUGUUUGGUUCAUUCCCGGUGAAGGGAUUUCUGUAUCCAGGGAUACAAAUAUUCUCUUCAAAGCUGUUCAUGAUGUUACCAAUAUUUCAUAUUUUCUCGGAGGUGAUAAAAAUAUGACCUACAGUUCGUUCAAUUCUCAUGAUUCUCAUCUUUGUCUAUCACCAGAACGUAUUGGAAUUUAUGGAGAAAAGGAUAUUAGAUCUGCAUUUCAGAUAGCGGUUAAGAAUGCUUUACAACGCAUAAGAGUACCUCCAUUGUGUGUUGUUGCUGAUGAUAGCAUAAUAUUAACUAUACUAGCUGGAUCUCUCUCUGAUACUUCAAAAAUUAUCUCAAGCUUUCAUGGGUUCCAAGGGAAAGGAUGCGCUUACAUUCAAGCUUUAUCUGUAGCAAAUGGUUUCUCAAUGGAUCGUGUACAAGUUCUCAAUAAAAGAAUAGCGUCCCUGCUAUUAGAUGGUACCCCAUGGAAGGUUGAUUUAUUCCUGGCAGAGCCAUUUUAUCAUGGAAAUGAAGGAAUGCUUCCAUGGCAAAACUUGAAAUUCUGGAGGGAUAGGUCUUUGCUUGACCCAAUUUUGUCCAAAGAUGCAAUUGUGCUUCCUUGCAAAGGGAUCUUAAAAGUUUGUGCAAUGUAUCUUCCAGAUCUAUGGAAAAGCCGCUGUUGCCUUCAAGAAAUUGAAGGUUUUGACCAUUCAAUUGCAAAUGAGACUUUGGGGGCUUAUGGAAACUGGCCACCCUCUAUAAAAGGCACUUGCUUGCCUUUUUUCAUAUGGCAAUGUGGGGAAAUCAAGGAGCUCAGUGAUGUGUUCUCAAUUAUGGAUUUCAAUUUCUCCAAACCUGUGCAUGACUGCUAUGGAAACAUAAGGAUUGAGUUUUCGGAGCCAGGAAUCUGUCAUGGUUUGGUGCUUUGGAUUGACUGGGUGCUAGAUGUAGAUAAUUCCAUUACUAUAUCUACUGGACCAGUUAACAGAUACUGGAAGCAAGGAGUGAAACUUCUCAGCACACCAUUAAAAGUUGACGUUGGAUCUUCUGUAGAGAUUGAGGCAUCCUUUGAUGCUGCUAGUGGUGAACUGACGUUAGAAUCCUUAUUUCCUCCUUGAUAUGUAGUAAGUUUGAUUCCUUGAGCUUUGAUUGGAUUUAAUAACUUGAAGUUGGAUUGAAGAACUGUUAUAUGAAAAAUAAUUUUACAUCAAAAACUUUUUUGCUGCAAGAAAUUGUAUAGCGGACACGAUCACUUCGUUAGCCGCACCUACCCAGAGGAAGGAGAAAUUAUUCUGUGCGCAUUCCAGAUGUAAAGCUAGGUUCGAACAUCAAUAAAGAACUGCAACAUCACAACUAAA